CCACUUGCCCUCAAUUUUCUCACCUCUCCCUUGUUUUUAUACAUUCAAAGAGUUGGAGAGAGGAGAGAAAGAGAGAUGAAAAACAGAGGUUAGAAACUGAAAACCCUAGAAAUUUCAAUCCCCUUUCUCUGCUCACUCUUCGUUCAAUUCUUUUCACAGUUUCAUCGAUUUUGAUCUUUUAAUUCUUAACCAAAUGAAGAUUCAAGUAUAAUCCGUAGUAUCCCCUUUUCUUCAAUGGCAACAUCAUCAGUAGCAGCAGAGUCAGAGGUACCACUAUGGUUAAGAAACUUACAAUUAGCACCAGAGUAUCACCCAACUUUAGAAGAAUUCCAAGACCCAAUUUCAUAUAUACUAAAGAUUGAAAAAGAUGCAUCAAAAUAUGGAAUCUGUAAGAUCAUACCACCAAUAUCAUCUCCACCAAAGAAAACAGCAAUUACGCAACUCAAUCGUUCUUUAUCUGCAAGAAAUCCAAACUCAAUCUCUAAAACUCUACCUACAUUUACUACUAGACAUCAACAGAUCGGUUUCUGUCCUCGUAAACCACGGCCUGUACAGAAACCAGUAUGGCAGAGUGGAGAGGCUUACACUGUACAGCAAUUUGAAGCAAAGGCAAAGGCGUUCGAGAGGAGUUAUUUGAAGAAGAGUGCGAAGAAGAAGGUGUUUAGUGAACUGGAGAUUGAGGCUUUGUUUUGGAAAGCUAGUCGUGAUAAGCCAUUCACUGUGGAGUAUGCCAAUGAUAUGCCAGGGUCUGCAUUUGUACCGAUUAAUGAGAAGAAAUGGAGAGAAUCAGGGAUACCGACGACAGUUGGGGAGACUGUAUGGAAUAUGAGAGGUGUUUCAAGGCAUAAAGAAUCGUUGUUAAGGUUUAUGAAGGAAGAUAUACCGGGUGUUACUUCACCAAUGGUGUAUUUAGCAAUGUUGUUUAGUUGGUUCGCUUGGCAUGUAGAGGAUCAUGAUUUGCAUAGUUUGAAUUAUUUGCAUAUGGGUGCUGGGAAAACUUGGUAUGGAGUUCCUAAAGAUGCGGCCGUGGCAUUUGAGGAAGUGAUUCGAGUGCAUGGAUAUGGUGGAGAGGUUAAUCCGCUUGUCACUUUUGCUACCCUUGGCGAGAGGACUACAGUGUUGUCUCCUGAAGUACUUAUUGGUGCCGGGAUUCCUUGCUGCAGAUUGGUGCAGAAUGUUGGGGAGUUUGUUGUCACUUUCCCAAGAGCUUACCAUUCAGGAUUCAGCCAUGGAUUCAAUUGUGGGGAGGCAGCAAAUAUUGCAACACCAGAAUGGUUGACAGUUGCAAACGAAGCUGCAAUUCGCAGGGCUUCUAUUAAUUGUCCACCAAUGGUGUCUCAUUUACAGCUUCUAUAUACACUAGCACUGUCAUUAUGUCCUAGUGUACCUAGGAACAUCAGCAGCGAUGAGCCACGCAGCUCCAGACUAAAAAAUAAGAAGAGGAGUGAAGGACAAACCAUGAUUAAAGAGUUAUUUGUGCAGAAUAUGAUACAGAAUAACAACCUAAUUCAUCUUCUUAUUGAACAAGGAGCUUCUUGUGUUCUUCUGCCACAAAGUUCUUUAGAAACAUUUGAAUGUUCAAAUUUAGGUGUUGGAUCCCAAGUUAAGGUAAAGCCGAGGUUGUCACUUGGUUUAUGCACCAACAAGGAAUCACUUGAAGCCUCAAAAACUUCUCUUUCCAAUAUGGACAGAAACAUGGGGGUCAGGCCUUAUAAUGGUGUCGCUUCACUGAAAGGAAAAUCUAAUCUGGAAUUGGGAGGAAACAGGCUUUCAUCCUCAUCACUAAGCAGAAAUGGUUCAUAUGAAAAUACUAACUUGUUCACUUCCACUUCAGUCAUAGGGAACCCUAACAAAACAAGCACUUCACAGAGUUCUAGGUUGAUAGAACAAGGACUUUUUACGUGUGUCACAUGCGGGGUAUUGACCUUUGGAUGUGCAGCUGUAAUUCAACCCAGUGAUGUUGCUGCUAGAUACUUACGUUCUGCUGACUGUGGUUUCUUUAAUGAGUGGGCAGUUGGUUCUGGAGAUAGAUACCCUGUUGCUGAGGAAGUAGACGAUACUCCUGAGGCUGACCACCCUUCAGGACAAACAGAGAAGAGUGACCAUGAUGGCCUACAUAAUGUAGACUUGGUUCCAGAAAGGGUAAAAUCAGCUUUAGAUACCGGAACCAACAAGGAUGUUACUUCUCUUGAUCUACUAGCUUUUGCAUAUGGGAACUCGUCAGAUUCCGAGGAUGAUAACGCAAAUGAUAGGGGAGACUGUUCACCAUUUCAUCAACAUAGCGAGUUCUUAUCCAACGGUUUCGGAUCCCAUUCCCUUGAGCAUGAUUCUGUAGAUGCAAUAGUUGAGAGUAGCUCCUAUCUUUCACGGAGACAAGGUUAUGGGACUGACAGGUUUAUCAAAACUUAUCAACGAACCAAGGUUUCUGAUAGGAAGCAGAAACAGAGAAGUCAUGAUGCUGAUAUUAAAGGUGUAGAGGCUCCUCAUAUCUUCUCUGAGAAUAACACGCGGGAACUUGUGCACAGGGAAUCGAUUGGUGAUAAGGAUUCUUGUAGAAAUACAACAUUGACCGGAUAUGUUGAAUCCCAUCAGGGUGAUCUUUCAAAUAGUUCCACACGUCAUUGUUUGAAUGAACCAAGCAAGUCUACAAAUGCUGAGUUACCAUUGAAGAAUUCAAACAAGCAGAUUGUGCAAAGCUCUGAUGUGGACUCCACCAGAAAACAUAUAUUCUGCCUUGAACACGCUGUGGAGGUGGAAAACCAGCUGAGACCAAUCGGUGGAGUUCAUAUGCUGCUCAUUUGUAAUCCAGAGUAUUCCCAAAUUCAAGUUGAGGCAAAAUCACUGUCAGAGGAAAUGGGAGUAAAAAAACACUGGAAUGCCAUUCCGUUCAUUGAGGCCAGCAAAGAUGAUAUAGAGAGAACCCAAUCAGCUCUGUAUGACGAGGAAGCUAUUGCUGGUAAUGGGGAUUGGUCUGUAAAGCUGGGUGUCAAUCUCUACUAUAGCGUCAGUCUUAGCCAGUCGCCUAUAUAUAGUAAGCAAAUGCCUUACAAUCCAGUCAUCUAUAAGGCAUUUGGCCGCAGUUCUCCAGCGUUUAACUCCCCAACAGACCCUGAGUUUUCUACAAAGGGAUCUGGUAAGCAGAAGAAAAUAUUUGUUGCAGGUAGGUGGUGUGGGAAGGUGUGGAUGUCAAACCAGGUUCAUCCCUACCUUGUUGAUAGGCAGACCCAAGAUCACCCCAUGACUUUUCACAGUCAUACAGUGCGUGAGUUUAAGCUCGAGGGAACACCUAACAUGGCCCACUUGACUGAGCAACUACUGGUUCCGAAGAAGAAUUCUUCACCGUGUGCAAGGACACCUGCUAUUGUAAAUAGAAAGCCUACACGGAAGAGGAAAAAUACAUCGGAAAAGCCUGCAACUAAGAGACAUCAGAGUUCCCAGCUGGACAACAGGCUGGUUGAGGCUGAAGUCGAGAUUGAGGAUGAAGAUGAACCUGCAGCAGAAGAGUUGUCCCCUGAAAGUGACUCCCCUCCUCUACGGGAGAGGCUACUCAGAAGUGGUGGUCGGACAAAACAUGAGGCUGCACGCCACCUCAGUAGUACCUUAAGGGGUGGUCGACAUUAUGGCUCAAAUAUGUAUAUAAAAGACGACAUUGACGAUGAAGAUGAAGUUGCAGCAGAAGAGUCGUCCCCUGAGAGUGAUUACCCUCUUCUCCAGGAGAGGCUACUCAGAAAUGGUGGUCGAAUGAAAGAUGACACUGAAGAUGAGGAUGAAGAUGAAGCUACAGCAAUAGAGUUCUCCCCUGAAAGUGAUCUCCCUCUUCUACCAGAGAGGCCACGCAGAAGUGGUGGCCGAAUGAAACAUGAGACUCCACGCCAUCUCAGUAGUACCUUAAGGGGUGAUCGACGACAUGAUUCAAAUAUGAGUACAAAAGAUGAAAUUGAAGGUGGAUACCACUCACGGCUUAGAAGGACGCCACGGAAGCGUUUUGUUGCUGAAGAAGAGGAAGAAGAAGAGGAGGAGUUGGUGGUGGUGGAGGAGGAGGAGGAGGAGGAGGAGGAGGAAGAAGAAGAAGAAGAAGAAGAAGAAGAAGAAGAAGAAGAAGAAGAAGAAGAAGAAGAAGAAGAAGAAGAAGAAGAAGAAGAAGAAGAAGAAGAAGAAAAAGAAAACAAUGUACCCAGUGCACGACCUAGAAGAACAACAUCAUGGAAGCAUGUUGUUGCUGAAGAAGAGGAAGAGGAGGAGGAGGAAGAAGAAGAAGAAGAAGAAAACAACAUACCCAGUGCACAGUCUAGAAGAAGAGCACCUUGGAGGUCUGUUAUUGCUGAAGAGGAGGAGGAGGAGGAAGAAGAAGAAGAAGAAGAAGACAAUAUACCCAGCAAACGGCUUAGAGGAAAAACAUCAUGGAGGCCUGUUGUUGCCGAAGAAGAGGAGAAGGAAGAAUACAAUAUACCCAGCAAACGGCCUCGAAGAAGAACAUCUUGGAAGCCUGUUAUUGCUGAAGAAGAGGAAGAAGACGACAAUUUAGUGGUGGUCAGAGGGAAAGGGAAAAGGAGGGUGAAAGGGAAAGUGAAGAUAGAGGAAGAGAAGCAACCCAUGAGGAGAGCUAGAAAAGUUUCUUAUGCUAGUAGUAGUAGGAACAAACUACCCUUGGAAGAUGCAGAAGGAGAGUACCACUGUAAUGUUGAAGGAUGCACUAUGGGAUUCAGCUCAAAGCAAGAACUCUCGUUGCAUAAGAAGAAUAUGUGUUCUGUGAAGGGAUGUGGGAAAAGCUUCUUCUCUCACAAAUACCUCAUGCAGCAUAGAAGAGUCCACUCCGACGAUCGUCCACUCAAAUGUCCAGUUAGAGGGUGCAUGAUGACGUUUAAGUGGCCGUGGUCUCGUACUGAACACAUUCGGGUACACACAGGUGACAGACCUUACCAGUGUCGUGACUGUAAUCAGUCGUUCAGGUUUGUAUCAGAUUUUAGCCGUCACAAACGAAAGACGGGUCAUUCAGUGAAGAAGGGAAGAGGAGGAAAGAAAUAGCUGGAAUUGGAGAGAAAGAAUGGAUGGCUGUAAAGUAAAAUGUAAAGCUCCGGAAGAUGGAAACACAGAUUGGCUAUCAUUGCACGCCACUAGCAUCUGAUAAAGUCGCAUAUUAACUAAGCGUUGAUUUAGACCUAGUAAAGCUUUUCCUUUGGCCAAUAGCUCUACAUGAGCUUUGGGUGCCCAAAGUAUGAGUUUCUAGAUGAAAGAAGAAUAGGACUGGAUUGUAUUCUUCUUUUAUUUUAAAAAGCCGUUGUAUCUGUUUUUUCAUGGACCUAUUUUUGGAUCCAUAUGAUUAACAUUUAAACACCAGAUCAAUUGCUUGAGACUUGGAAACAGAAUCAUCUUUCACU